UGCCAAACCCCAAACCCUUCAACGCCAACUUCAACACAUUUUUCCUUUCCUUUUUUAACCUCUCGUAACUUCAACAACCCCCUCCCCUCCUCCUUGUCUCCCUAGUCUCUCUUUCUUAAUUAGGACCUUACGACUUCGAUCACUUUGUUCCUUGGACUCUAAUCAUCCACUUCAGUUCAAUUUGGACGUAGCUAGAAUUCAAAAGGUACCGAUCUAAACACGACUCGCGGCGACCCAAUUACUAUUCUCCAUUCCCCAUUCCUCCUCCCUUUCAUGAAUGCGAUUCCAAAUUAAACGUCACGACCCGUUACGAUUAGUCACGAACACCCGUCUUUCUCUUCAUUAGUCUCUCCGUCGGCAUCCUCACGUGGUUGUCGCAUUCGUUUUUCUUAGCUACCUAGUACAUUUUGCGGCGCAUCUCAUUCAUCGCCGACAACUAUACAGCCGUAUACUCAUCCUUGCCUACUGGCGCGUUACCCUUUCGAACACUCGACUCUUAUCAUCGCCCUUCGACUGAAGUGCACGCGAGCCCCGACGCCUCGACAACUCUAUUACGGUGUAAACGUUUAUUCCGACUAUUUUCCAUUCUGAAGUUCAGAUCUGAGCCUUUUAGUUUCAGCUCCACGCUAGGUUUUGAGAAGCUUUGUUUUCGAGCAUAUUCGUAAUAAUCGAUUCUUACAAUGGCUGCCACCGAAGCCUCUCGUCAAUAUGUCCCGCUUACCUGUCACGGCCACUCCCGUCCAGUUCCACAUAUCAGUUUUUCGCCGCUUGAGAAAGACGACGUGUAUUACUUAAUCUCAGCAUGUAAAGACGGCAACCCCAUGCUUCGCGACGGUCAAACCGGAGACUGGAUCGGUACCUUCAUCGGGCAUAAAGGCGCUGUUUGGCAAGCCAGACUUAGCCCCGACGCAGCUACCGCUGCCACGGCCUCUGCGGAUUUCACCGCAAAGAUAUGGGACACCCACACCGGCGAGCUUCUGUUCACUCUGCAGCACGAUCAUAUCGUUCGCGCCGUCGCGUAUCCGCCGGACAAUUCCGAUCUCGUCGCUACUGGUGGUAUGGAGAAGAAGCUUCGCAUCUUCGACCUCACUGAGAUGAAGCCCGCUUCCAACACCGAUGCCGCAACGAAUGGUAACGGCGCAGAAGCCGCCGUCGUGCCGUCCACCAUCUUGGCAUCCUCCGCCUUUGAGAUAGGGGCCGGAGUUCACACUGCCUCUAUCAAGUUCAUCGUCUGGACGAGGGAUCCUAACAUUCUCAUUACCGCGUCCGACAACACCCUGCGCUGGUUCGACUUGCCUAGCCGAAGCGUCGUGAAGCAGGAAGUUCUGGAUGGCGAGAUCGGAUCAUGCGAAUUCUGCGCGCUGGCUCCUGAGUACACAUCCAAAACAGAUAUCGGCGAGGGAUUGCCGGUUCUGGCCGUAGCUGCUGGCAAGUCUAUCUACUUUUGGGGUGGUCUCCGUGCUAUGAAUGAACUGAAGCGCACCAAGAUGAGCUACAAGGUGGCAAGUGUCGCCUUAGACCCCAAGGGUAGGAAGAUCAUUGUCGGCGAAGACAUUCCUGCUACGUGGGCAAGAGUUUACCGAUGGGACGACGAUGUAGAAAUAGAUAUCCACAAGGGCCACCACGGACCUGUUUGGUCGGUGGCCUUCUCGCCGGACGGUAAGCUGUACGCGACCGGGUCGGAAGACGGAACUAUCAAGAUGUGGAAGAAUUGCGAUGGGUUCUACGGCCUUUGGCGAGGAGGCGCGAACAUGGGGACCGAACGAAGUGUCGAAUAGGGCAACGCACUUCAACGUAGGCCCUCAACUGGUUCGACUAAGAACGGCGAAGACAUUUCGAGCAACCCCCCCAAGGAACCACUCCAACUUUCCGUCGUUGGAAAGGAAAACAUCGUCCUCUAAAUGAGCCAUGAUGUUGCCCGAGUCUUCUCCCCUACCGAAAACGAUUCGAUCAAGUAGCAUGCUUAGACGUUUUGGGUCAAAGACGGGGCGUGUAGUCCGAGAUGAUAUUGACCCGGGUGUUUAUCGUCUUAUAGUCGCUAGAUGUGUAAAACUAACAUCAAGGUGGAGGAUCACUGUACUAUUGCACCAUAUUGCUUGGAAGUGAGACAUAGAUGCGAUAAUAAAGUCGAAGGAGCCUGCAAAGGUAACCUCAUAGUGGUGCAAUUUGAUCAUUGUGAUCUGCUAUAUAAUUUGAGAAUUGUGACGAGGGUUGGAAACUUAGCCUGUGAACUUUUGGCCACGCAAAG